CUGGGAUGGCCAGCGAGCUAGGAACGUGUGCUCGCCAGCCUCAAGGGACAGGGGCGCUAGCGUGUACUCUACUGCUCCUCCACUUCAACUUUACUUACUUAAAACAAUAAGGGAGCAAAGGGAAGCCUGACAAUACUCCGGUCAUUUUCAGUGUUAGAGAUGUCCAUCCAGGGGACCUGUCCCAAGCGACUAUCUGGGAUGCACUUUUAAGGCUCAUUUAAGUGCAUCCCGACUCCGGGGAUUAUUCCUUCGCUGGAUCCCAUCCCAGCUGGGACCUCGCCCCACGUCUCGGCCCCGCCCCGGCUCCAGGCCAGCAGUUCGGGUCACUAUCUGUGCCUCUGGGUCCUCCACAGAGGUCACGGAGCAGGGGCGCCUGCCGGGUGAGACGGGCGGGACUCGUUUUGCAAAGCGGAAGAAUACUAAAGUUCAAAGUUGGAAACUUUUAUUAGAAGGGGAAAAGUCCCUUCUACUGUGGGCCCGUUUGGGUUUUCUUCCUUACCGGUAAAACAUUGAGCUAAUUACUUGUGUGUGACCAGUUCGCUCGCUCCCCAGCAGGACCAAGGGUCUAGCAAACCCGGCAGGCAGUACAGCCAUGGCCAUGCAGAAAAUCUUUGCUAGGGAAAUCCUAGACUCCAGGGGCAAUCCCACGGUGGAAGUGGACCUGCACACAGCCAAAGGUCGAUUUAGAGCAGCUGUACCCAGUGGAGCUUCCACGGGUAUCUAUGAAGCUCUGGAACUGAGAGAUGGAGACAAAUCACGCUACCUGGGGAAAGGAGUGCUGAAGGCUGUGGAGCACAUCAACAAGACACUAGGUCCUGCUCUUCUAGAAAAGAAACUAAGUGUUGUGGAUCAAGAAAAAGUUGACAAGUUUAUGAUUGAGCUGGAUGGGACAGAGAACAAAUCCAAGUUUGGGGCCAAUGCCAUCCUGGGUGUGUCCUUGGCUGUAUGUAAGGCAGGAGCAGCUGAGAAGGGAGUCCCCCUCUACAGACAUAUUGCAGACCUUGCAGGGAAUCCUGACCUCAUCCUCCCAGUGCCUGCCUUCAAUGUGAUCAAUGGGGGCUCCCAUGCUGGAAACAAGCUGGCCAUGCAGGAGUUCAUGAUUCUCCCAGUGGGAGCUAGCUCUUUCAAGGAAGCCAUGCGCAUUGGUGCUGAGGUCUACCACCACCUCAAAGGGGUCAUCAAGGCCAAGUAUGGGAAGGACGCCACCAAUGUGGGGGACGAGGGUGGCUUUGCACCCAACAUCCUGGAGAACAAUGAGGCCCUGGAACUGCUGAAGACAGCUAUCCAGGCAGCUGGUUACCCAGACAAGGUGGUAAUUGGCAUGGAUGUGGCAGCAUCUGAAUUUUAUCGCAAUGGGAAGUAUGAUCUUGACUUCAAGUCACCUGACGAUCCUGCCAGACAUAUCACUGGGGAGAAGCUUGGAGAGCUGUACAAGAACUUUAUCAAGAACUAUCCAGUGGUCUCCAUUGAGGACCCCUUUGACCAGGAUGAUUGGGGUACAUGGGCCUCAUUUCUCUCGGGAGUGGACAUCCAGAUUGUGGGGGAUGACCUCACGGUCACCAAUCCCAAAAGGAUUGCCCAGGCUGUUGAGAAGAAAGCCUGCAACUGCUUACUUCUGAAGGUCAACCAGAUUGGCUCAGUGACUGAGUCCAUCCAGGCCUGCAAACUGGCACAAUCUAAUGGCUGGGGAGUAAUGGUGAGCCACCGCUCUGGGGAAACUGAGGAUACAUUCAUUGCUGACCUCGUCGUGGGGCUCUGCACAGGACAGAUCAAGACUGGUGCCCCUUGCCGCUCAGAGCGCCUGGCAAAAUACAACCAACUCAUGAGGAUUGAGGAGGCUCUUGGAGACAAAGCUGUCUUUGCUGGACGAAAGUUCCGUAACCCAAAGGCCAAGUAAAAAGCUGAAAGACCAGACCUCACAGGACAGAUACAGGCCUUCAAGCCCUUCUCCCUGAAAUAAACAUGGGUGCCAAACAUGA